AUGAGAGUAGAAUUUCUUACUAUCGCGGUAUUGGUGGCCUUCACAGGCUCCACCACUGCCAUUUCCGGAUGGACCUUUUGGUUCGACACCAGUGACCCCAUCGCCGGCCACGACACCGAACUGCUGGCAGACAUUUACGGGUUAUACCCGAGUUUGGUCUGUCUGUCACCACUACUCAUCCAGGCGGAGACUACAGUAGGCGUACCGGCCUUGGACACCAACCAGGUCCUGCGUACUUUUGACGCAGACCUGGGACUGGAAUGUUACGACUCUGACCAGCCUGGCUAUCCAUUCUCUCAGCCGUGUGAGGACUACAGGGUCAGAUUUUUCUGUGACAAAGGUUCCACCACUGCCAUUUCCGGAUGGACCAUUUGGUUCGACAUCAGUGACCCCAUCGCCGGCCACGACACCGAACUGCUGGCAGACAUUUACGGGUUAUACCCGAGUUUGGUCUGUCUGUCACCACUACUCAUCCAGGCGGAGACCACUGCAGGCGUACCGGCGUUAGACACCAGCCAGGUCCUGCGUACUUUUGACGCAGACCUGGGACUGGAAUGUUACGACACUGACCAGCCUGGCUAUCCAUUCUCCCAGCCGUGUGAAGACUACAGGGUCCGAUUUUUCUGCGAAGAAGUCAACGGGCAGUGGUCCCCGUGGUCAGCAUGGUCACAAUGUGACAGAACCUGUGGUGGAGGGACAGAGACACGAACCCGCACAUGUGACAACCCACCGCCUUCAAAUGGGGGUGCAGAUUGUGUUGGAGAGAGCACUGAAACCAGACCUUGUGCAACCAACGCUUGUCUACAGCCAGUUGAUGGAGGCUGGACCGCUUGGAGUGACUGGAGUGUCUGUAGUGUGACCUGUGGUACAGGGACGCAGUUCCGCGCACGGUCCUGCACAAAUCCUGCACCUGAGAAUGGUGGAUCUGACUGUCAGGGCCUGAGCCAAGAAACAAGACCGUGCAACGCUGCUGUCCUUUGUCCCAUUGACGGUGGAUGGGGGGCAUGGUCCAACUGGACAGCUUGUGAUGUAACAUGCGGUGGAGGUCUGAUGCAUCGCACACGUGAAUGUGACAGCCCGACUCCAGAGCAUGGGGGCAACCCCUGUGUGGGAAACAACCAGGAAAGUGUAGCUUGUGGGACGGACCCGUGUCCAGGCAAGUUUAGGAACGGAGACGUCUUGCCCAAGACCGUUGCAGACAACGCUACCCUCAUCCUUCAUCACCUAACAACCUCUGAUGCCGGAGAGUACAGAUGGGACGCCUCACAGCAGUGCGAUGCUCCAGUACCUCAUUACAUCCAGCUUCCGAGAGACUGUGUGCAGCAGCCAGAGAACACAAGGCUCUAUAAUGUUGGCAAGUGUAACAGAACUAAGUGUCAGCGUGGAGGAUCAGUUGAUCUGUGUGUUGAUGAUGUUAAUAACUGCUGUGCAGCUGGUGGUAAGGAAGCUAGGGUAGUACAGUGUAAUGGUUACACCCUGCCAGUUGAAAUAAUAACGAGCUGCGUAUGUUCUGCUUGCGUUGAUCCGGCUACGGUAAUCAGUGGGAUAGUAGUUGGAGGGAGAAAUGAGGUUCCGGUGAUCAACUCUGACAUUCUCAUCAACAACGAGAUAGUCGGUAGGACAUCGUUUACCGGUACAUUUACUUUCGAAGUUCCGCCAGGAACGCAGAGAGUAGCUAUAACCGUCAAAGAUAGGUAUCACCAAUUUGUUACCACAACCAAAGUACUUCCAUUCGAAGAGGGCAUGUCAACCUUCCAUAAGAUAAGACUACGUCAGAGUAGCCCCCCUGUGGAAAUUCAAUCAGACCAAGAAAAGACAAUACCCCUGGGAAAUGUUCCAAACGCAGACCCAAUUGCAGAGCUAGAAAUACCCCCUAAUUCUUUCUAUACGGCGGAUGGUCAGGAAUUUACUGGAGUGGUUAAAGCAGGUGUAGAUUUUGUAGACCCAAGAAAUGCAGACGAAGCAGAAUCUGCCCCGAGUGAGCUAUCUUGUGUUGAUGACGAGGGAGAGGAACAAAAUCUAGAAACAUUCGGCAUGAUGUCUUUGACGUUUGCAGAUUCAAAUGGCGACGAACUAAACGUUGGUGGUCGUGUAAACAUCUCUAUCGAUCCCGACCAGCUAGGCCUUACAACAAGAUCUCUUACAUCAGACGUUAAGAUCUGGUCACUGAAUCCAGAAACAGGCCAGUGGCAGUUUGAAAGUGACUUAGUCAUCGAUCCAAGUAAAAGAAGGACACGCAGGACCGACCUAGAAGGAGCGACGGUGAGGUCUCUCAGCAAGGUGGGAACUCAUAAAACGGCUCAGCCGAGCAAUCACGGAGAGGUCUAUGGCAUCAGGGAGGACGUUGCUCUUCCAAACGACCCAGAUAGUCCCAAUAUCAAGGCAACUGACGAUCCUAACGUCAAAAGAACGGAAUGUUGA